CUACAUUCUUUGUUUCUUGUCAACGUGGAAUGAAAUUCGUCGCCCUUAAGCAACAACGCCGUAAAGCCGAAAAUAAAAACGAAAUGUAAAUAACUACUAAACAGCUCGUUCGGAAAGGCGAGUAGCGGCCUAAUUCAGUCAUAUUCCGCGCUCAGUCUCAGUGUGGGAUUCGCAGCCAACCUGCAAACUCUCCUGCCUUGCGAGCGGUCUUCCACCUUCGGAUAAACGAUAUUUUCAUUGCCUUAUUUUUUUCUGGGAGGAAAAGCUACGACUUGCAGCACCAGUAUGUGGCAAGCAGUAAUUCUUUGUGCAUACCUGAUGGCUGCUUCAGCGUUUCACUUUGAUCCAAGUCCCACGCAUGAUUUCAACAUGAAAGCCUACUUGUCUGCCAGAGAGUGGACACCUGUCGGUAUCCAGGUUGUGGAUUUUGACAUGGAUCCCCAUGUUAUGGCAGACCAGCCUGCCGAGGAUGAAAUGGACGAGAAAAUCCAUGGUGUGACUACUCUGGAUGAGUGUUCAAUCACCAUGGACAAGGUAGCUGCCCUUCCAGCAUAUCUCAGGGAACCUAUUGUUUCCUUAGCAGCCAAAAGCAUGGAGAACCUUGUUGAUGGAGACGAGGAUCCGGCUUGGGACCAUUUCGCCUAAAAAAUUUGACCUGGGUGAAGAAAUUU